CCUGGUUGAAAAGUUUUAGGUUAGGGUUUUGGAUGAUCUGACUGAAAUAAUCAAAGAUCAAAGUCCAAACAAUUUUUUUCGUUAUUAUUGAUCCAAUUUGUGAAGUUAUAUCAGAACAACAAAUAAAAUGCAACCCAUAGCAUACAUAGUGAAGGUUGCAAUUCCUGAUUAUUUGGCAAGUUUACCAGUUCCAGACACUUUUGGAGGUUGGUUCAGGUUAGGAUUUAGGGAUUGGCUAUCUCUUGUUCCUCCAACUGCCCUAGCUGCUGGUUUCACCUACAUAUCAUACAGGGCAUUUUGUCCCCAUGGUCGUCCAUCCCCAUGUUCAAGGGUCAACCCUUCUAUACUAAAGAAAAAUGACAAAGUUGUUGAUACUGUUGAUGUAGAGGAUAUUAGUGAAAAGGCUGUAUUUUGUAGGUGCUGGAGAAGUAAAAAUUGGCCAUACUGUGAUGGUAGCCAUGUAUCUCACAACAAGGAAACUGGUGAUAAUGCAGGACCUUUAAUAGUGAAGAAGUAAUAAUGUAAAAAACAAAGGUAGUAGCUAGCUGGCUAUAGUGAAGGUUUGCUGAAUUAUUGAGAUUUAUACAAGUGUUCAAUCUUUAUUAUAUGAAAUAUGUUGAUGGUUUAUAAAUCCGGUGCAGAGGUGUAUUAUUUGUCUAAUUGGUGCCUUCAAUUCAUUACUCUUUUGUGCAAUGAGAUAACA